UGACGAUAUUCAGUCUGGAAUGCUAACCCAUGUGAGCUGUAAGUAUGUGCGUUCGUUUGUAUGAGUGCCAGGGAGUUUGUAUAGUUGAGUUUCUGUCCAUGGCCAUUUGGGCACUAGGCACCUCUGUGUGUUAGGUUUGUCACAGAAACCUCCGAGUAUCGCAUCUAUCCGUCCACAUCGGCCUGGGUUCUGAGAGCAGUUGGAUUCAUAGUGGUAGCGGAGCCGGGUGUCUUCCUCGGCUCCAAUACGCUCUGCGCACUCUCGCUCUCGGAGCCCGCCGGUGUGCCAAGACAUGUCGGAGGCGCCGCCCGGUGAGGUUCCAGACGACGUAGAUGGAGCUGAAGGCCUGGGCGAGACCAGUCCCGCGGCGCCAGCGCUGUCCGCGAUGUCAAUCGAGGACUUCGGGAAGGUAGUCAAGCAGUUGGUGCGCGAAGGGCUUCGAGGGCAUGACAGAGGUGCCGACCGAUCACUAGCUCUCGCGCCCCAGGUCGAAGAUCGGUCAGUGCGAGCAGAACCUGCAGGGGGUGUUGAUCAGGAUCACGGGUGGCAGCCAGCCUCAGCGUUGGGAGGUUGGCAUACUCACCGGUGGCGAGAUCCAGCAGGUGACGCUCAAGGCGAUAGGUGGAAGGGGCAGCCCAGUGGAGAUCUUUGGCAUGAUGACGGCAGAGACCCCUGGACAGGGGACAACAGUAACACGGACGCCAAGCCACACCACGCAGAACAGCAGUGGAAGCAGGAGUCGUGGGGCUCCUAUGGCGGCAGUUGGACAAAAGGCUGGUGGCAGCAGGACGCCGGCAAGCGAGGAUACUUCACGGAUGCAGAAGCGUGGAUGGGCUGGCCCGACUACAGGUUGUGGAAGAGGAAGGUGUUGAGGUGGUCGAGGGCCACAGACGUGAUUCCCUCCAAAAAGGCAGAUCGGGUACUCAAGAUGUUGGAUGCCGAGUUGCAGCGCAAGCUCGAGUGCAUCACGGACGAGCAGCUCACCAGCGAGCAAGGCGUAGAGCACGUGCUCCGCCAGCUCGACCUCCUUUCCGGAGAAGAGCAUGAUGACGAGCGCAGACGGACCGCACGGGAAUGUUUGUUCCAGCACCAGAGGCGCAAUGCGGAGACGUCGACGUCUUUCGCGGCUCGUCUGGAUCACCAGUUCGACAGGAUAGCCGCUCAGGGGCUCGCCAUGCCGGACGAGUGGAAGGCCCUCUUCCUCGAGAGAGCGCGGCCCUGGACGACGCCAGCCUGCGCCUCAUCCGCGCGCCCACCAAGGGCGACGCGUCGCACUCGGCGGCGCUGGCGGCGAUUCGGGAGCUAGACAUCACCAAGAAG